UUCGACUUCAGAACGGCAAUAGGUCACGAUGCCUCGCUGAUCUCGCUGAAACGAAUUCUCCAUCAUUCAUUGAUAUGGCCGAGGCUGCUACUCAACCUGCUCUGCAGCAGGUUGGCAGACCUCUAAGCUUGAUACCUGUUGGGCUCAAAGAAGCAGCACUCGAUUCGCCAACCUUUAGAGCGACUGCCGUCCACUUUUCGGAUCAAGUGGAGAUCAUCGAGAGAUGGCUCGAUGCAUACGUUAAAUCUAUAUCAAAACUCGUCCACGAUGUCUCUUCCCUUGAGGAGACGUUCAAUUCAUUCCUUCUUCGAUCCGUCCCGCCUGCCAAUGUCUCAGAAGCCGUCCUCGAUCAUGACUAUACCCUGUUGGCAAUGAAGAAUUUCGGCGAAGGUUCUCGGGAAUGGUGGUCGCAGGCCAUAUCAGGGAUGAAGAAGAUGGAUCCCAAUGUCGUCGAGCCCAUCAAGUCCUUCAUGGCUGGAGAGCUUCGGAACUUCAAAGACGCUCGACGAUAUCUGGAGCAAUCGCAAAAGACGUUUGACAACACUUUGGCAAGAUAUGUAAGCCAAUCGAAGACAAAAGAGCCAUCUUCACUCCGAGAAGACGCUUUCCAGGUUCACGAAACUCGAAAAGCGUACCUCAAAGCCUCCUUGGAUUUCUGUCUCCUGGCACCCCAAUUGCGUUAUACCAUUGACAAACUCUUGGUACGGGUUUCUUCGGAUCAAUGGCGAGAGAUGCGGCGUUCGCGAGAGAAUGGUGGAGCCAAUUUCGCAAAGUGGGGGACUGAAAUUGAUCGUGUUCGAGGCUGGAGUAAAGAAAUGGAAGCUGGUGAAAGUGUUUUUCGGCGUGAACUACAAAUUGCCAGGCGAGAGAUAGCGGACACAGCAUCUCAAGCUUCUAAGCCCUCCCGGGAGCUGGAAGAUUAUAAUCUUUCUACUGUCGCUUUUCUCGGUUCCAAGGGUCCCUCAACUGUCAACAUCCAGGCACAAGGAAAAGAUGGCGAGCGGUCAGAGAAGCAAGGAUGGCUUUUCCUCCGAACCAUUUCUGGGAAACCAGCAAGGACAGCAUGGGUUCGGCGAUGGUUCUAUGUUAAAAAUGGUAUAUUCGGAUGGCUUGUCCAAGGUGCCCAAUCCGGCGGGGUUGAAGAGAGCGAGAAAAUCGGCGUGCUGUUGUGCAAUGUGAAGCCUGCAGUGCAAGAAGAGCGUCGGUUUUGCUUCGAAGUCAAGACCAAAAACCAGACGAUUUUGGUCCAAUCCGAGACCCAAACACAACUCAUGGAAUGGUUGGAAACUUUUGAGGUUGCAAAGAACAAAGCCCUCCAGGCCAGUGCGAACGACAACUUCUCUUACCCUGGUGGAGUUGAUCCUGCAUUUGCCAUAACCCCACCAUCAAUUCCAGAGUUCGCAGUCAAAUCUCUGGAUGGUAAUGUUGGGCAUGAUGAUCUACCUGCUGGUACCUUUGACAGGACGGGCACACUCCCGGUUCCUAGUCCCGACAUUGGUAACUUGGCUUCUCGAAGUAGCUUCGAUGUCACUGCUCCUCGCCGGUCUGUUACUACCAGAGAGGAAGGGGAAAGUAGUAGGGAUCAUGCGGCCAGGAUCAUGCAAAAGUUGGACCUGCAUCGCAAAUCCACGGUCGCACAAUUCGAUGUGCCACCUACUCCUGCCCCAGCAGCAGCCGGUGGCAUUGCCAGUUUGAUAUCCGCAAGUCACAACAUCCUCCCAGUGUAUUCAACGCCCGCAAUCACUCAAGUUGGGCCGAAUGUCGUCUCAAAACCUCAAGUAUCACCACCACAGCAGCUGGAAACCCAUACCAGCACAUUAGCUCCUGCUACUCUAGCCAACCCACCAGCGCCAACCAACUUGAGCAAAUCAGCUGUCAUCGUAAGUGGUGAACGUGGUAUCGGAAUUGGUCGAAGUGAUGCUACUGGAGGCAUGCCAAGUGGAAUUAUGGCGAACCUUUGGGGCAGCAGUAACUGGGGCUAUAUCAACCGUCUCGAAAAAGGAGAGAUCAAGCCGCCGGUGAACCGGUCGAUCCCAGCAAGUCCCAAUAUAAGGCCACUCGAUCCAUCACCGAGAAUUGGUGGGGACGAAAAUCGUAAGCCUGACACUGGACUUUCCGACCUUGUCCAGUCCUCGAUCAGUACGUCGACUGAUCCAGUUGCAAAUCCAGCCCCUUCUUCUGCCACACAUCGGAAGGCCAUUAGUGUCGACGCAGAAGCGUCGCGCUCACACAGCCAAUUCGCUCCGAAACCAGAAAUCUUCCCCGCCAAUUAUCCCCUCGAGCUGAAGACGCAAGAGGCCCAGUUUCGAAUGCUAUUUCCCAAUGUUCCACGAGAAGACAAAGUUUUACUUGUUUUCCGAGCCACUUGGAAUCCGAACGAGCAACAAGAGUUUCCUGGUAGGGUCUAUGUGACGCAGCAUGACAUAUACUUCUACAGUCAUCAUUUAGGACUCGUGUUAAUUUCGGGGGUCAGCAUGGACAGCAUUAGUGAAGUCACCGCCGCUCCUGGCAAGGAUUGCGAUUUCAUCUUCCUCCACCUUCGCGAAGACGCCACCAAAGCAGGCUUCACCAGAAUUACGAUCAAGACUUUCUUGGAACCCCUACGACUACUUCAAUCACGGCUGAAUUAUUUGAUCGAUAUCUCUCAAGCAGAAGAGCCAAUGAACCUCGAAAACAUAAUGGCAGCUCUUAUCAAGAAGGAACAUGAUGAUCCCACAAGAAGUCCAAGUAUGGAAAGCUGGGAGGAUGUUUCGGUCAAUACUCCAAUAGAUGAUGGUACUUUGUCUGGACGAACUCGCAAGGAUCGAGACCUGAGAGCGAUGAUUCACGUUGAGCGAGGACUUCACCUGGGAAAAGCGAGCAAAGAAGUUACGAAAUUUCAGCUUCCAUCGCAUCCAGUUAUUUACGAACCACAAGGAAUGCAACGCAAAGCGGUUGAGAGGCAGUUUGAGUUAAGCCCAAAGGCUCUCUUUCACGUCAUGUUCGGAGAUAAAAGCGCCGUUUUUCAGCUCUUGUACCAUGAGCGCCGUGCGCAACGAAUUGCCCAAGGACCUUGGGUGCCGCUUGAGGGCAGUCAUAUGCGACGAGACUUUGAGUUUCAAAUCGAUUAUGUUGACAUGUUCCGUCGUGCUCGACAAGCGAACGUUGUUGACUACCAGGUCAUUGACGUUAUGAACGAUCAUAUAUGCUAUGUAGUCACUGACUUCAAAACGCCCUGGCAUCUCCCACAUCACAAGGAUUUCAUGCUUGUCUCGAAGAUUGUCAUCACAUUCAUCGCGAAGUCCAAGUGUAAACUGGCAAUCUAUACCAAGGUUGACUGGUCAAAAACGCCAACCUUUUCCAAAGGUCUGGUUGAAAGGCAGGCACUUGACGACUCAAGUCUUGACGCAGCAGACUUGGCGGAUGUUAUUGCAGACCAGGUGCGCAAAUUAGGACCGCAAAGCCGGACCAAGAAGGCGAUCCAUAUUUUUGGAUACGUUGGUCAGCAAACAUCAGUGUCAUUGUUCUCGGCUGCGGAUUUGAGCCAUUCAAAACGACCACAAAUCAAGCAGCGAACUCUUACCAACAUGUUUUUGGAGACCAUAGGCUCAUUCGGUGAAAGCGCGAUUACAUCUGUUAUGAUGUGGACGUUUGCAGUAUUGCGAUCAAUCUGGAAAGUAUCAAGCGCCCACAGUAUUAUUUUGAUAGCACUUCUCCUGAGUAUCCUGACGAAUGCCUUCUUUACUUCACGAGAUACUUCAGAGUGGUGGUCUGAGCGCAACGCCGCAAAAUUCAUGGCCAGAGUUGGCGUGGGCCCUAAUCCAAUGAUGUCGAAGGCGAUCUACCUAAAAGAUUUAGACGAUGUUUUGAGGUCGGUACCAACUGACCUGGUUGCACGAGGGGGGAGCAAAUGCUACGAGCAAUUCCGAGACAUUGCGAAUAUCACGGACUUAGACAUGCCUUAUCAAACAGCUGGGACAGCCUUUUCAGAAACUGCGACUCGCUCCACUGCGAAGCGGUUACGAAGGACCCGACAGCACUUAGGUUCCUACCGUCACGAUCUGAUGGUUGCCAUGCGAGUUGUGAAUAACGUUGAGCAGGAGAUGAUGAGAGCUGAAUGGGAGAAUUGGCUCCUUGAUGAGAAUGCAAGGUGUAAACAGGUCCAGCUGAUUUUACGAGAGCACCGAACGAGUCCCUCACCAAAUAAGAAAACCAAGGGUACGGAUUCGCAGAAGAUUUUGGAAGCUAAAGAGCGAGAGAGGAAAGAAAAGUUGGAUGAGCUGAGGAGAUGGCAAGAGGAGUAUUGCGGCAGCUGUAAGAUGGAACAGGAAAUGCUCGUCAAAGGAAGGAAGCGUUUGUCCUUUGGAUGAUCCGUUCGUACGAAUGACGGCAAGGAUGUUUUGAGCGAGGUGUUUGGUUAUAUGGAUCUGGGACUCAUCUUUAAGUUGGCAUGCAUAUAUGUCGAGCGUGUUGACAAACUUGUAUGAAUAGCGGGUGAGGGACGCCCGUUAGUUACAAGAGCUGUUCAGUCGGCAGUUCAUGGAGCUACACUAAUCAGACGGCAUUUUUUCAGAACUCCAUCCUUCUAUCGGAUACGAGAAUUCAAAACGUAUAAAAGAAAAACUGAAC